AACUGAGUAGAUAUAGCUGGUGAAGGGAUUUUACCCUUUUUUGUUUUACGUUUUUAUACGUUCAUUCCUUUUGAUUAGAAAAUGUCUAAGUCUUUGAAGAAAAUAGUGGAGGAGAGUAGAGAGAAAAAUAUCCCUGAGGUGGAUAUGUGCGACCGGGGAAUAUCGAACCUACUGGACAUUCCAGGGCUCUUCACCUUGUCCAACAUAACUCAACUCGUCCUGAGCCACAACAAGCUCACAACUGUUCCUCCAAACAUUGCUGACCUGAGGAAUUUGGAGGUGCUGAACAUGUUCAACAACCAGAUAGAGGAGCUGCCUACUCAGAUCAGCAGCCUUCAGAAACUCAAACACCUGAACCUGGGGAUGAACAGGUUGAGUACUCUUCCUCGUGGCUUUGGUUCUCUCCCAGCCCUGGAGGUCCUUGAUCUAACCUACAACAACCUGAAUGAGGCCUCCUUGCCCGGAAACUUCUUCUACCUCACUACCCUGCGCGCACUCUAUCUCAGUGACAAUGACUUUGAGAUCCUGCCCCCAGACAUAAGCAAGCUGGCCAAGCUGCAGAUACUGAGUCUGAGGGACAAUGACCUCAUCUCCCUGCCUAAAGAGAUAGGAGAUCUGGCCCAGCUGAAAGAGCUGCACAUCCAGGGAAACAGGCUGACCGUCCUUCCUCCUGAGCUGGGUAACCUGGACCUAACGGGACCUAAGCAGGUGUUUAAGGCUGAGAAUAACCCGUGGGUGACCCCCAUUGCAGAUCAGUUCCAGCUGGGUGUCUCCCAUGUCUUCGAAUACGUCCGCUCCGAGACCUACAAGUAUCUUUACGGGAGACACAUGCAAGCUAACCCAGAGCCCCCCAAGAAGAGCAACGACAAGUCCAAGAAGAUCAGCCGCAAGCCACUGGCAGCCAAAAACAAGUGAGAGAGAGAGCGAGGAAGAGGAGGAGGAGGAGGAAGAGGAAGAAGAAGAAGUGUUGACUGCUUGGCUGGACCUCACUGCAUGUGCCUUCCCCGUGUU